AUGGCUCCCACCACUGUUGCCAUUGUUGGCGCCUCCUACGCAGGUCUCCAUAUAGCUCACUCUCUGCUUGCCGUUCCCGACGUCAAGGUUGUGCUCGUCAACCCAUCCACCGUUUUCUACUGGAACAUCGCCGCUCCGCGCAUCGUCGCCAAGGCAAAGGCCUUCUCGCCCGAUCAGUAUCUGCUUCCCAUCCCCAAUGCCUUUGCCAAGUACCCCGCCGAAUCGUUCGAAUUCAUUGCCGGAACUGCCACUGCCAUCGAUGCCACUGCCAAGAGCGUCUCGGUGACCCCCAAUGCUGGCGAUGCCAGGACGGUGUCCUAUGACUACCUUGUCAUCGCAUCUGGCAGCACGACAGCUUCAUCCAACGGCUCCAUCACCGGUUCUCCAAUCCCAUUCAAGCCGACCAACCACGACGACCUGAAAGAAAUAAUCGCCGCAUCUCAACAGCAGAUCUCUGGUGCUAAGGAGAUCGUCAUUGGUGGUGCAGGCCCCAUUGGUGUCGAAGUCGCCGGCGAGAUUGCGGAAGCAGUUAAGCAGAGCGGCAACAAGGCGUCUAUCACCUUGGUCUCGGCAACCGAUCGGGUUCUCUCCAUGCUCAAACCAUCUGCCAGCUCCAGCGCUGAGAAAUUGCUCAAGAAGUUGAACGUCAAGGUGAUCAACUCUACCCGAGUCAGUGGAGUCGAAGCUUCCGGCGAGGAUGCCUCUAAGUCCUGGACCGUCUCUCUGAGCAACGGCGAGAAGAUCAACGCCGAUCUUUACAUCCCCACCACCGGCGUUCUGCCUAACAACAGCUUCAUCCCCGAGCAGUUCCUGGACCAGGAUGGCUGGGUCAAGGUCGACAAGGAGCUGCGCGUUCUUUCCGCCGACAAGAUUUACGCUGCUGGCGACAUCACCAAUAACUCUAUGCGUUUGAGUUUCAAGACGAUGGAGCAGGCCAAAAUCGCGGCCAACAACCUCAAAGCAGACAUUGCUGGCAAGGGCGAGCGCCAGUCAUAUGACCAGGGCGAUAGUGUCAUGAUGGUCGUCCCGGUGGGUGAGAGUGGAGGCACUGGGCAGUUGUUCGGCAUGGUCCCCUUCAGCUUUAUGGUCAAGAUGAUCAAGGGUGGGGAUUUCUUCAUCUCUAAGGCAGCAGGCACUGUGAACGGAACGGCUUAG